AUGGAUGGCAUUCGUUUGGAUAAUCCUUAUUUUGGCAAUGAAGAAGAAAAACGUCGGACACUAUUUCGAAAUAAUGAGAAUGUGAUCUAUCUGGAAAAUGACUCAUGCGAAGUGUUUGGUAUAGCAAUCGAUGGAUGUCCAUGCACACCAAAAUUUUGUGGUGGAUUCCAAUAUUCACGGCAGUCUACGCAAGCAAAGAUGUUAUGGGGUCAAAUUCCAGAAGAUUGUGAUAUUCUGAUCUCUCAUGGACCACCUGCCGAUAUUUUCGAUACAAAUUCCAGAGGUAAACUGGAAAUGGAAAAUCAAAUUAAGAAUGUUUGGCUUCUAAGUAAAAAUGAUCUUGCUGAAGAAGAAGGAUUUCUGAAGAAAAAGGUACAAUUCCAAAGUUUUCUCUUCGCCUCACUGAUUCUUCCUUAUGGCGAAAAUACCAGUUCAAUUUGA